ACUCCCACCUCCACAACUGUGAAACCACAACAUUUUACACCAGUGCUGGUUGAUUUUACGUAAGGAAGAAAUACAGCUUUACGGCUACUGUGGGGCACUACAGCAUGUUGUAUCGUGGUGAAUUAACUGUGGCAGAGAUUAGUUUGUGUUACUAGUAGAUUGACUUUGACGAGCAUGUGCAGGUUGUGAGGUUGAGGAAUGGAGAAUUACCGCAAGGCUCGAACAGUGGAGCUUCCCUGCCCCCCUCCCUUCACGGGGCUUCCCCCCGACACUCCCGAGGUGAAGGUGAAGGACGGCAGCAAGAUCCGCAACCUGAUGGGCUUCGCUAUCGGGCGCAUGGAGAGCGAGGCGGCGCGGCACAUCCUGUUCAGCGGCACCGGCAAGGCUGUGGCCAAGACCAUCUCCUGUGUAGAGAUCCUGAAGCGACGCGUCAAGGGGCUGCACCAGCUCACCCGGCUGCUCUACCGGCACAUAGAGGAGCACUGGGAGCCGCUUGUACCUGAGGCUGGCCUCGACACCCUCACCGUCAAGAAGAAUGUGCCCGCCAUCUGGGUGCUGCUCUCCAAGGACCCCCUGGACACGGCCGAGCCAGGCUACCAGGCGCCAGGCUGCUUCGAUACGCUCUGGGCACAGGCUGUCGAGGGGGAAGCGGGCCAGCAAGGGCAGAGGAGAAAAAGACAGGGAGGUGGGACAGGUGGGGGAGGAGGCAGGGGGAAAGGGGGUAAAUCCUCCACACCCAACAGUGGCUGUCAAAGAGAAGCUCUCAAGAGACACCAGAGUGGAGGGGCCCCGUAGAAAUAGUGGCCCACCUUAGCAUUCUGGGAAAUCUGUAGAACAAAGGGGAUAUGCUUUGCCAUGCACAGGCUUUAGGACAGGUGGUUUGUUAAAGGAUUUGGGUUCUGCUAAAGUGGGUUCCCUGUAGCUGUAGUGUAAUCCAGUCCUAUAAACAUGCACAGUGUCUGUUUGUUUUUUUUGACUGGCAGCAGGUAGCUUAGACCAGGAAUGUUCUUCAGGUUGUAUGGGACGUACACGUGGAGAGUGUGUAUCCGUUAUCCUCCAACACCAGCAAUCCUGCAUUUCCUUGGUAAGGAGUAAAACCAUAAUAUCAAAAGCAUUGAGACUGCACUGACUGUUUCCUCACUUGUGGACGGAGUAAAUUGAGGCAUUCCAUAGAUCGGAACAGUUCAGGAACCAGAGUUAAGUAAGUGUGAUUGGACUGCACUUAACUGUCUCAUCUAUGUAUUUUUCUACUGUGUUGCUUUGUUUGUCUUGUUGCCAUUUUAUUAUUAGCUGUGUGGGAAAUUUCAGAACAGGGAGACCUAAAACUAUUCAUGUCAUUUUACAGUAAGCGAAAACAUCCUCCACAUCAGCAGUUACUGGAAGCUUUAGGCUUAUAUAGCCGAUUUAUACCAAAUUAACCUGCAUUUCUGGUCCUGGUGUUUUGGGUAUUAUUUGUUAUUAGCCAAGAUGUGAAUUUGUUUUAUUUUUAUUAUUAUAUUUUAUUUUUUUGUAGCACAUCGGGCUUCUUUUCUGUUUCCUUCCUUUGUUCUCCUUGAGAUCUACAAUAUGCAUUUUUAAACUAAUCAGAUUUAUUAACAUGCAACAUGUAAUGUGUAUAACCGUAUUUUAAUAACUUUAUACACACCAUUAUCAUACUCGGGUGAGCUGUUCUGAAGGUAUUUCAUUAACUCAAACAGCCAGAAGUAAAUCACUAUAGAUUAAAUUAGAUUAGUUUGCGACACACUAAAGAAUUUAUGUAAAGAUUGUCCACACCAAGUUAAAUCACGAUAGGAAGGCGUGUUCUCCAAGGUUAAAGCUAAAAAUGUAAGUGUGUCUGCGGUCAGUGUGGGUUGACCAAUAGAAACAGAAAUAUCCCACUCCUGAACCAAACAAGCUCAUUUGAACUCCUUGAGUGGUCUCACAAAGGCAGAAGCUUUCAUUGAAACUGUUUUCCUGUCCCUGCUGUACUCUGUGUUUAAUCAACAGGUGGAUUUUCUUUGACAUCAUUAUUUAUUUAUUUUUAUUUUUAAGGAGAGCACUAGUUGUAAUUGGAUUGCUGUAUUUUAUACAACUGCUGGGUGUGCGUGUUACAAAGUAUAGUAUGUUUAAUUACAUAAUAAACAAAAAAUACUAUAAACAAA